AGAGUGCUGCACGGUGAGCUGUAAAUGAACUACCUGCUCUGAGCCGCCAUGUUGGAGUCCGUCCUCCAGUCCAGCAGGUGGCGGUGAGGCUCGAUAUGUUUGUUUACCAGUCCAACAAAAGCAGUGGCAGAAGAAGAAACAAAAACACAAAAGAAGAAGAAGAGCAACAACAUGAUAAAACUCAUGCUCGGUCUUGGACAACUUUAGAGUUUGUCGGCGGUUCUUCUCCACAUGGCGGACCGGGAGGAGCGCCGCUUCGCCGAGGUUUCCCGCGACUCGGUCAGACUGAUGGCGGAGAGCGGAGGAGUGGAGCUCGGAGAAGAAGUGGCGGCGCUGCUCGCUGAGGACGUCUGCUACAGACUGAGGGAGGCGGCCCAGAGCAGCUCUCAGUUUAUGAGGCAUGCUAAACGGCGCAAGCUCACCGUGGAGGACUUCAACAGAGCUCUGCGGUGGAGUAACGUGGAGGCCGUCAGUGGCUACGGCGCCCAGGAUGCUCUGCCUUUCCGUUCCAUGAAAGAAGGAGAACUUUUCUGUGUUGAGGAUCGAGACAUCAACCUGAUCGAGUUGGCUUUGGCCACCAACAUUCCUAAAGGUUGUGCUGAGACCAUGGUGCGAGUGAACGUGGCUUACCUUGAUGGUAAAGGCAACAUAGAGCCCCAGGGGACAGUUCCCUCUGCAGUGCAGUCUUUAUCUGAUGACCUGCUCAAGUACUACCAGCAGAUCACCCGGGCCAUCCUGGGAGAGGACCCCCACCUCAUGAAGGUGGCUCUGCAGGACAUCCAGUCCAACUCUAAGAUCGCUGCUCUGCUGCCGUACUUCGUUUAUGUCAUCAGUGGAGUGAAGUCGGUGAGUCAUGACUUAGAGCAGCUCAACAGACUCCUGCACAUGGUGAAGAGCUUGGUCCAGAACCCCUACCUGUACCUGGGCUCGUACGUGCGCAGUCUGGUCUCCAGCGUCAUGUACUGCAUCUUGGAGCCGCUGGCCGCCUCCAUCAACCCACUCAACGACCACUGGACCCUCAGGGACUACGCUGCUCUGCUUCUCAGCCACAUAUUCUGGACUCACGGGGAUCUGGUGAGUGGUCUCUACCAUCAGAUCUUGCUUUCACUCCAGAAGGUUCUGUCUGACCCGGUGAGGCCACUCUGUUCCCACUAUGGAGCCGUGGUGGGCCUUCACGCUCUGGGGUGGAAGGCUGUUGAGAGAGUUCUGUUCCCACACCUGCCGGCCUACUGGGCCAACCUGCAGGCGGUUCUGGACGAUUACUCUGUGUCCAACGCCCAGGUCAAAGCUGACGGACACAAGGUCUACGGAGCCAUCCUGGUGGCAGUGGAGCGCCUUCUGAAGAUGAAGGCUCUGUCUCAGUCGGCUGAGAGGCCCGUGAGUGCUCAGCUGGGUGCUGUGGUGGGCUCUGUGGGUCACAGAGUGAGCUCCCCAGGUCUUAGCCCCCCUCCGGAGCCCCUGUCAGAGGCUGCCCUUGGAAUCGCCAGCCACCUCCAGGCAGGCGGAGCCGGCUGUCAUUGGGAGGAGUGGUCCCCAGUUCCUCUUCCUGCAAUGUACUCUGAGCUCUACUCCUUCUUCGGAGACAGCCUGGCUGUCCGGUUCAGUACCGGGCCGGGGUUCGGCAGCCACCCCCCCUGUACUUUGUCCCAUUUCAGAGACACUCGGAAGGAAACGCUCAGCCACGUCUCCAACCCCGACACCACCCGCAAGAUGCCGCAGCUGACCGCCAACCUGAACAUCAGCCCCAGACGGGAUGGAAGUCCCCGCACCGAUCCCCCCCCACCGAGCCUGGCAGCCACCGGAUCAGGAAGGUCCGUGGCUCGCUCGUCCUCCGUGCAGCGCUCCAGGUCCUCAUCGUCACGUCUGGCCCAGCGCUCAGCCGGUCUGUCUCGAGACGUUUUCCCCAAAGCCCGCUUCACCUCGCCUCACACCGGACCCCCGGUGUUCACUUUCGUCAUUGGUGGAAGGCAGAUGGGUCGGAGAUGCCAAGGCCGCCGCCCCUUUCAGACCACUUUUGCUUUGACCCCGCCUCUUCCUGCCGUUCCUCCACGAGCCUACGCCCACAAACUGCCUGUGAUCGGCAGAGUGGGCAAACCUGUGCGGCGCUGGACCUGCUCCCAUUACUCGCUCCACCUGCCUCUGUAGACGGACUCCCACAGACCGUCAGCUCAGUCCUGCUGCCGUCGUGUUGUGGUGGAAAUAUUUAGUCUCGAGUUUUCUACUUAAAAUCUCAAGGAUGUUUUAUCUCGGUAGACAAAGUAUUGCUCUAGAAGACAGCACACCUCUGAACUGAGUGUUCCAGGGUUGAACUGGUCUAACCCUGUUUGCUGCAGAGGCCAGUUUUGU